GCCAGCCAUUAACGUAACCCUACUCAUGUUUCUUGUCGAGCAAUUCAUCGCCAUCAACCCAAAGAAGAAGCCAUGGCCAGGAAAUUCUUCGUCGGCGGCAACUGGAAAUGCAAUGGAACCUCAGAAGAGAUAAAGAAGAUUGUAUCAACACUCAAUGCUGCUGAGGUGCCAUCUGAAGAUGGUCUGGUGGCGUUCGCAGCACGGCGAAACUUCUGUUCGCGUCGCGGGAGGAGGUCGUCGGAGAUCGGGGCGGAGCAGCGACGGCGUUCUCAGAGGGGUGGUGAAUCGCGAGCAGCUCGCCGGGCUUCUGGGGUCGCGGCGGCGAGAUGGUUCUCCGGCGAAGGAGAUGAUAGCGCGACGAUGAAGGCGUAUCAUGUACAGGACAGAGGCGGAAGGGAAUGUGAUGAUGUCGUGACGACGAGGAAGGAAGAUGACAGCGGCGAGUUUAAGAGAGAUAUGAAGGUGAUGCGAUCGAAAUUAGAUUUAAGAAGGAGGAAGAACAUGUUGAUGGAGGGAUUCUCGGAUCAGAUGAGAUGUUUCACGUGAAAUAGAUAAUAGAUACAUAAUGUAUAUAUAACUAAAUAUAUGAAUAAAAAAAUCAGAUUUUGGCGAGAUGCGAUCUAAUGAAAUGAGGGAGG